AUGCCUCUGGACAUUGCUAACCAUGUUUUUGAAAAGUUGGAGCCUAUGGAUCUAUGGGUUUGUCGUAACGUGUGUCAAGGACUGAGACACGCUGUGGAUGGAUUUGGAAUUCAUUUUAACACAAUCGAAUUUAGUAUACAAGACAGAAGCAUUUGUAUUUCACUGGACAACGAAACUAUACACUACAAUCAACUGCCAAAUGAAAUAGACACAUCUGUGACUUACAAGAAUCAGGAAAAGAUUUUCGAAGGAAAAAACUACUUAGAAGUAGCGUUAAAGGACUUUGGAAUACUAUUGAAUUACACAUCGGAAUUGAAAAUAUCUGCUGAUCCCAAAUGCUACACCAGAAUGCAUUCGAAACUUCUUCUGAAAACUUGGAAAUGGCAAAAAUGGAAUCACGUCAAGAAACUAGACUUUUCGAUAGUACACCUUGAUUUUAUACUUGAUAUACUUCCACACUUCAAUUCUAAAGGGCUGGAAAGUAUAACAAUGCGGAGUAUUCACUUAGAUCAUCAAUUUGAACAAAUCACAAAAUUGGAUCAAUGGAAAAACACUAAAAUCUUACAUUUGAAAAAUGAAGCGAUGAAGUUGUGUCCUCCCUUUAAAUACCUAUUUCAAUUCACUGAGUUUGAUGUCAACGCAUUUUAUUUUUCAAUUCAAAAUGCUGUUCAAUUCAGAGAUGAUCUACUAAGAAGAAAAACAUUCGAAAAGUGCGCAGUCCGUUUUACUAGUUUAGAUGCACGUGAUUAUAGCAUUCAAUAUGCGAUUGUAUUCAAGCCGGACUAUCAUUACGAAGAUGAGUACGAAUAUUCAAACGAUAUGGGCAAACUUGCAUUCAGCUCUCCUUAUUAUGGAUUGUUCAUAAAGAGAUGUUGA